AUGGACGAGGAAUUAUUUCCACACAGUAAUAAAUAUGAGACAGAGAAAAAGACGAUCGCCGAAGAAAGCAAACAAUGGGAGUCAUUAUUCGAUCCACAGUACACGUUUGGUUCGUUCCAACAUGGUAUUGCCAAACCUGUCACCGAUGUCUAUUACAAGGGCAAAUGGCCACUAGAUGAGAAAGAUACCCGGCUUGAUACUGUAGAAGAACCUACUUUACCCGAUAUUCAAAAUAUUCAACUCAUGCAUAGACCCACAGACAAUGAAGCAGAAAUAGAAAUCCUACCACGUCCCUUUCCCAAAUACGAUAAACAUACCGACGAAACUUCCUGCUGCAGCCAAGAUCGACUCGAACUCCGUCGUAUCUUGCAAGAGGUGGGGUUUAACAAGAAAAAUGAUGGCACACACAAUAAUCCAUAUAAACAAUACUCCACUGCUGCUCGGUUUCAACAGCAAAUUAUCAACAAGACCAAGCAGAUGAAGCAGGAAAUAAUGCUGGAUCACCACGACACCAUAGACAGCACUAGUAUGGAGGAUCUAUGCGAAAAAAGUUCCUUCACCAACGACGAACCUACACAGCAACAAGGAAGAAGAAAUCGUGCUUCCUUUCUCUAUUUCGCCUUGGGAUUCCUAUUCCCGCCAUUUUGGUUGAUCGGUGCACUGUACGUACCUUCCUCUCAAAGAACCUCUGCAAGUAAAUCUAUUGACAAAAAAUGGAAAACCUGUUCAAGGAAUGCACUUUUUGCUUUUUUAUCAAUUUUAGUCUUAAUUACCAUUCUGGUGCUAAUCAUGAAGCCAGACGCGGUCGGAUUCAGAAAUAGUAAUGAAGACGGUUAUCAACACCCAAGAGUCGUUUUUGAUGAAGACAUUACUCCCAUUUCAUAA